CCACCAGGCUUGAGGCGCCGGGGCUGGGUCUUGGGCUUCGGGGAGCUGGAGGCUGAGUGAGGCGGUGAGGGAGGAUUUAGCGAAGGUCCCGAGCGCCGCACGCGGCGCGGGAGCAGAGGACACCGCGAGGGCCAUGGCCGCGCCGACUCGGCUACAUCUGACCUUUGAAGAUGUUGCCAUUUACUUCUCGGAGCAAGAAUGGCAGGACCUAGAGAUAUGGCAAAAGGAGCUUUACAAGGGUGUCAUGAGGACCAAUUAUGAGACUCUUGUCUCUCUAGAUGGCGCGCUUCCUAAACCGGAGCUCAUUUCCUGGAUUGAGCAGGGGAGAGAGCCCUUCAGGAGCUGGGGACCAUCGCAGUGCCCAGGAAACACGGUUCUCUCCUCCGCUGACCUGCAUUUUGCUCCAGGUAUUGAGGGGCAGCUGGCUGGGGGAAACCUGCAAGCUGUGAAAUGGAGAGAACCUAAAUGCCAUUUCCCAUUAGGUGCUCUUCAGAGCCACUCUUCCUUUGGAUCCAAGCUCUUAGGAGAAAGGCCAGACCCAGGCCUUACCCCCGUGAGCCUGAAGAGACAAAUCACCCGGGUCCUGGCUGCAGUGACCACCAGCCCUGCCCAAAGAGAGGGGAUCCCAGGCCACAGUGCCCCAGGCCUGAGGGAAGCCCCCUCCUGGAAAAGCAUCCAGCACCCUGGCCCUGCCUGCAGGGAGAGCUUCUGGGAGAAGAACCCCUUAGUAAGGUACCAGAGGAGCCACUCCAAGGACCUGUCACCUAGGGACGGGACAUGGCAGAGGUUGGACAAGCGCGCGGAGGCACAGCUGCUGCGGAGGGCCCAGGGGCACCUGCAGGGCGGGGAGUGUGGGCAAAGCUUUCACCUGCAGCGCUGUUCGCAGAGAAAGCUGGGUGUCCACGUGAGCAGGAGCCCGUUCCAGUGCCCGCAGUGCAAGCCGUGCUUCCGUCAGGAGCAGCUCCUGCUGGGGCAGGAGGGGGAGAAGCCUUUGCACCCCCGGCAGUGCAGCGAGGGCCUGGCCGCACCGUGUGCGCUAGUUGAGCACACACAGCUCCGUGCCGGAGAGCAGCCUUUCUCACGCACCCCGGGCGGCAGGAGCUUCGGCCUGCGGAGCACACUGAGCACCCACACACGGGGCCACUGCGGGGCGCAGCCGUUCUCCUGCGGCGUGUGUGGCCGGGGUUUUGUGCACCGCUGCAAGCUCCAUGAGCACCUACGUGUGCACAGCGGGGAGCGGCCCUUCUCGUGCCCCGAGUGCGGCAAGUGCUUCCGCCUCAAGGGCAUCCUGAAGGCGCACCAGCGCACUCACAGCGCCGAGCGACCCUUCGCAUGCCCGCAGUGUGCCAAGGGCUUUGCACGCCAGUCCAAGCUCACCGAGCACUUGCGUGUGCACAGCGGCGAGCGGCCCUUCCGCUGCCCCGAGUGCGGCAAGUGCUUCCGCCUCAAGGGCAUCCUGAAGGCGCACCAGCUGCAGCACCGCGGGGAGAUGCCCUUCUCCUGCGCGUGCGGCAAGGGCUUCGCCAAGCAGUCGAAGCUCACCGAGCACAUCCGCACGCACACCGGAGAGAAGCCCUUCCAGUGCCCCGCGUGUGAUAAGCGCUUCCGCCUGAAGGCGCAACUGCUCAGCCACCAGGGCCUGCACACGGGCGAGAGGCCCUUCCGCUGCCCCGAGUGUGACAAGAACUUUCGGGAGAGGGGACACAUGCGGAGGCAUCAGCGCAUCCACAGGCCAGAGAGGCCCUUUUCCUGUGCGGACUGCGGGAAGGGCUUCCUCUAUAAGUCCAAGCUGGUGGAGCAUGUCAGGGUGCACACGAAGGCCUGUCGGGUCCCCAGCGAGUCUGACCUUCAGAAAAGGCGUAGCCAGCUGUUCGCCAUGAUCGAGGCUGACUGGAGCUGAGGCUGGCUGCAUGGUAGUAAAGAGCAGAGCUGGUCUGGAAUCCGAAGCCCACGGGCAGCCCCACGGUACGGACUGGAGGCCAGAGGCCCUUCUUUGGCAAGAGUGUAUUAUAAAUUGGGAAUACCAAGGACAAUUCUGUUGCCUAUCCAUUGAUUAAAAAAAAAAAAA